AAGUGUUUGGAGUUUGCGUUGAAACAAGAACGCGGAGGUGGAAAAUCACUCUGACCACCUCGAAACUUUCUGGCGCUUUUAAUACGCUCCAGCGCAAAAAACGAUGAUGCAAAACACCUCAUAGUUUUCUCAGAGGAAACAAGAGUUGGCGUUAAAGUGACUUUUUGAAUCUGGAGACGCUUCCUCGUUCGACAACGGGGUGAAAUAUCUCAACAUCCUCACAAAGAAACUUUGCCUGCUAGGCUGCUAACCCGCACUCAAGUCAGACAAAAACUAUGUCCACCGCUGAAGAAAUGACCUCAAGCUUGUGGUAACGUCUCAUCUGUCGAGCCAAGGGUUGCUGGCAGUUGAAUUUACUGGGAAAUGCUCAUCUUUAUGACUCAAGGCUGAAUUUUGUAACGGAUUUUGGGUAGUCAUCAUCACCAGUGGAGGAAGGGUUACAGCUGGUAACUCAGCCACACAGCGCCCCCAGAUCUCCACCAAGCAGGACAUCCAUUUCUACCGUGUAGCCCCAGGUCUGGAGAGAUGUCAGGCCGGAGUGGAGUCCCACAGACCCGGGGAGCUGCUUUGGGUCCUCAGCCACUCAAAGCUACUGUUCCUUAUCAGCUGUCCAGCAAACCUCGAGCAAACCGCAGAGAUGGAAAGUCAGGUAUGAGCUUAACACCUGUCAGGACAUGUGAAUCAUGGGUAAAUGACCCUGGAUAAAUGAGUUGUCGCAUCAAAAUAAUGCCACUGUGAUAAAUUGUGUACUUGUCUCUUACUUUUUCCGUAUACAUCUUUACAAGCUUGCAGCUAACGAUAUUCCUCUGUAACUUCAAGACAAAAAAGUAGUUUGCAACACACACCAGUCUCCUUUUCAUUGUUUAACUUAUGUGUUGUAUUCUUUAUAAAUGCAGCUGUACGUUUCUCAUAGUUUUUUUUUUGUGUGUGUAUUUUAAUACAGCUGAUAGAAAAAAAUAGUUUAUCAGUCUUUAAUGUUAAACACUAGAGACAACAUUUAUUCUCAGUUAUUAAUCUGCAAGUUCCUCUUUAAUCAGUUUAGCAUGAAGUACUAUUAGAGAGUUAAAAAUGCAUUUAAACACUUGGACCCAUAUGACAUCUUUAGAUUACAAACUCAAAGUCAAAUUUUCAUUAAUGUAAAUGUGAUGACUGAACAAGGGAGAUCUUUCAUAUUUGGGAAGUUGUAAAGAGCAAAUAUUUGUUUUCAUUGACAAAAUAAGCUUUCACUCUUUACAUUAAAAUAUAUUGGCCAGUUAUCAAAAUUAUUGUCUUUAAAUUAGGUCAGUACUCUGCUCCACACACUGAUUAUAACACAAUAAUAACCUUAAGUUUAUGAGCUUUUUCGUUUUAUAUGUACAGUCAUUGAAACUGGGUAUGAGUAAAACUUGUAAAGUCAUAGUGCACAGGUUUUUGCAUGUAAUAUAACAAGUUUUUCUGCAUCUUUACAGCCAGAAAAUCCAAACCACAGCAACUGAGCUCUGGCAUAAGGCGGACAGUGUCUCUUGAUGCCAUCAUCGGGCCAUACCUGCAGGGACACUGGCCCAAGGAACCUGAGGACCAGAGCAGUGUGAGCCGCAAGGACAAAUCUACCCAGGUCAGCUCAGGAUCAAAUCUGUUUUUGAGUGUCAUACAAAAAUGGGAGCCAUUAUAAACAGAAAUGAAUAUGUUGAGUUAUUUUAUCACGUUUUUAAUAAGAUAACAAUGCUGUUUUAGAAAUGAAACUUUUGCAGUUAAGUUUGUGGAGGGGUAAAUGGGUCCAAGUCACAUUAGGAGAGAUUAGCUAUCAGUUUUUGCAGAUAGAGAAGUUGCUGCGUGACAGAGGGAGUGUCUGCUGCUUGCACACAUAUUACACAGUGAGAACCACAGCCAUGAGAACAGUCCCUAAAGUCAGCUGAUGAGGCCGUUUUGGCUGCACCCAUCCUCUGUACUCUGUGUGCAGGCACUCGCCACUGCUCUUUGGUUGCCCACAUCCUCCCUCCCCCCUUCUCGCUUUGUUUUUCAGUUUCUCCUGCUCUUUUGCUCUUCUACAAGUGUGAAGAGAGAAUCUGUGGGUGUGGAUGGUGUGAUGUGGCUGCACAUCAGCCUCUGAGACUGAGAAAUUUUUGCUGAAGUGUGCAACUUUUGGCAAAAAAUGUGUGAAGUCCUGAUGUAAUGUGUGACUUAAAUGUUUGCAGUUUGAGAUUUGUGCGUAUUUGACUUCAGGCAACAACAUAAAAAAUCUGCUGAUCAUAGUAUGAGAAAAUAAUGAGGUGUAAUUGUUGAUUUAAAAAAUUUUUUUUUUUCCUCUGUAGACCCCGGACUCAUGGUCAGAUAAUUACCAGAGCAGACGAGGCAGCAGCAACCACAAACGAUCGGCAUCAUGGGGCAGUGCUGAGCAUCUGCGAGAGGUGAAUCUCAGCCUGUGUUGCACAAUGUUUAUUUCUGGCUAUACUUGAUAUAUUUUUUAAUCAUUGCUUAAGAAAUAAAAUGCCCUCUUCAAUAAUUAUGACAGCAUUGAGCAACAGGAUACCAGAUGACCUCAUCUCCUAAGAAGCUUCUCCUUUCUGGUAGUUUUCCACCAGAGCUUCACUCCUUGUUAUAUCUUAGUCUGAGCAGAUACAGAAUCAGAUUGUCACCUCUAAAUGUCUGAAACACAUCUUUGAAGAGCUGUUUCACAUCUGUACAUUUAAUAGACUUCCUCUGAGCGCCUGUUUGUGUGUGCAAGCUGAAUGACUGACAGUAACCUCUUGUUCAUUUCAGAUUGCUAAACUCAAACAACAGCUGCAGCAGCGCAGCAAACCUGCCAUCUCAGGGGGGCAUGACAAAGACCGCCAGCAUGGAUAUCCUCAGGAGAGCUGUAGCCUAGGCAGCACACAGGUACCUUGGCAUCAUCCUUACACACAAACACACUGCUCUCAUUACUUCACCCAUGUUCUACAGUGUGUUUGUACACUUAAGAGGCAAAGCUGGCAAAAUAUUGUGUGGUGCGUCUGUUUCACUGAACAAAGUCUUCAGAGUGACUUAAAGGGUGCAGGAAGUGAGUGAACUAAAGCACUGAGGCAACAGGAAGACCACUACAUCACAACAGCUUCUGCAUUUCAGAGCAAAAUAUGCGGUUCUGCUUUUCAGCACAGCUGGUCUGUACUGUCUGGUUAUGGGGCGUCUUACUCCACUGGUCCAAAGCAAGUUGACAGCAGAGAGUGUGAUAUUAAAAAGAAAUACCAGCUGGUUUGAAACUACAGGUGUGUAGCUAGUUGUGAGAAAAAUACAGAUAUUUAAAGUAUGUGAACAUAUAUACUGUAUAUACACAUCAGGCCACAAGUUUGGAAGCAAGGCCAUUACAGGCAGAACAGUUGGGAGUAACUUCAAGUUUUUGUUCACAAUGCUUUUUUUAAAUUCCAGCAUGAGUUCCAUGUAUUUUGGGAUGUAUUUACUCCAUGAUCAGAUGUUGCUUUCAUGGAAAUGCACCAUUUUACUCCAUUUACCUUUUAGAUAUACACUGAUGUUAACAGACCAUUGCUAAAUAUAUGUCAGCAAAAGAUAAUAAGGUUUUAGUUUUAGGGUUGAAAACAUUUGCAAGAGUCACAACUUCAGUGCAAAAGCAAAAAAACAAAUCCCAGUUGGAUUAUUUACUUCAACUUUGUGGCUUUUGAGAGUCUGCAUACAAAAAUCCUAAUAAAUCGCAACUGCGUUCGAACUACCGCAAAAAUGGCUAGAAAGAAGCAACUGAGUAAAGAAACAAAAGUAUGGAUUUGUACAUUGAGGAAAGAAGGAUACACAGAAAGAGAAAUUGCAAAAUACCUAAAGGUGUCUAACAAAGGAGUCCACUACACUCUGAAGAGACUAGAGGAACCUGGAAGUUAUGAUGAUAGAAAAAGAUCUGGACGAAAGAGAGUUACUUCAAAAGCAGAGGAUAAACAUAGCAUUGUCAUCAGUAAGAGAGAUCGGCAAAAGACAGCACCACAAAUAAGGCAGGAAAUCAAUAUGACUAUGUCAAAACCCAUAUCUCUGACAACCGUGAAAUGACGUUUGAGAAAGGCUGGUCUGAAGGGUUGCGUAUCUGCAAAAAACACUACUUCGUCCACAGAACAAGAAAAAGAGAUAUGAGUGGGCAAAAGCUCACAAAAAUUUGACUUAUGACGACUAGAAACAUAAGUCAAAUUGCACUGUUUGGCUCAAAACGCAGAGUCUAUGUCCGCAGACGUCUGAAAGCACCAUGUGUUACACCCACAAUUCAGCAUGGAGGUGGUAGUUCCAUGAUAUGGGGAUGUUUUGCAGGUGAUAGAGUAGGAGAUUUGUUUGAAGUAAAGUUUAUCCUGAAGAAGUAACAGUACCACUCCAUCCUCCUGCACCAUGGUGUUCCAUUUGGACUCAGACUUGUUAGCACGUAAGUUUGUUUUGCAUCCUGCUUAGCUCUGUCAGGGUUACCUAGACAAAAAAGAAGAGGAUGGUGUUCUUCAAAAGAUGGUUUGGCCCCCUCAGUCUCCAGACCUCAGUCUCGAUCGGUCAGAAAAACGUGUCCCACGUAUCAGCAGUCUCUUUUUAAUGAACUUAAGAAAGCUUGGAAUGCAAUCCCAGGAACAUAUCUUAAAAAACUUGUGGAACGAAUGCCUGAUAUAUGCCAAGCUGUUGUUAAAUCCAGAGGAGGUUACUUUAAAGAAAGCAAAGUAAAAACAAAACUGUGGAGAAGUGGCAGAAAAUGUGAAUUCCAUGCAGCCUUAUUCUCAUGACAUUUGUUCUUGUUUCCUUAGACUCAGCCAAUCCCCAUUCCCCUCGCUCCUCUGUCCACGGUGGUCCCUCGACUGCGCUGUAGCGUGGAAGGCCUCAACCAGGAACUGGAAGGCAUGUUUAUCUGCCAGCCCCCCCAUCAUCAGCCCAGGGUAACUUUGAUUACUCCUCCACACAACAUACACACUCAAAGAUUCAAAACUCUUGAGCAGAGGAAAGUUUUAUGUUGAUUCAUCAAUGUGGUCAAACUUUGCCUUUUUUUUGUCUUUUCAGCUUCUUGAGGUCCCAGACGGUCACAGGGCUCCUGUUCCACCACAGAGCUGCAGCAGUGGAUCUCAGAGUGACCCUGCCACCACACCACAGUCCUCUUCUUCAUUCUCUUCCUCCUCCUCACCCAGCUCCCCUUCCAUCUACGUCUCCACUUCACCAACAGUCGCAGAAGACACACCACUAGAGCUACACCAAGGUUAGUCAGCCGAUGAAAUCAAAGGUGCUGUUUCAAUAUUGCUUUUACAGUUGAGUAUUAAGAAACUUGCACAUAACAAAACAGGUGAAUCACUGACCCAAAAAAAGGAAUCAACACCACUUCUAGUCAUCUUCUGUGAGUGAGAGUCAUCGCUUCAGCUGUGUGCACUGCGUUUUGGGUCUUUGCCAUGCGUAACUAUUCUUGUUCUCGCUGCAACUGCAGUUUUUGCAUGUGCAGUGAUGCUUAGUCUCAAACCAGCAGCUCGCAGCAAGAGAGGUCCAACACAGUGCAACAAUAAACAGUGAAGCUGUCCCUUUCAUUUCUUCAUAUGUAACCAUCUGGCACAUUAGGAGAGCUUUUUAACAUGGACUGUGCAGGUGUCACAUUGCUGCUACCAGCAUUUUCCAUUUGGUUCCGCAGGAGCCUGUAAUAAUCAACUCCCCUUAUUGCAAAAAGACUGCAACCCCUGCCUCCCUCUAGUCACACACUCAGAGCAUGCAUGGGCAUAAGGCACACAGGCAGGCUCUUCAUGUGGUUGUUUUGGUAUAGCUAGUUUUAACUUGUUAUGUACACUAUUAGCUUUCUAUUGGUCCACAGAUCACUUGUGGUGGAGAGUGAUGAACUCUGUAACUUUCACAACAAUUGUAGUCUAAAAGCAGAAAACCACUCUACGCAUAUAAAAAAACACACAAAAUAACACAGUUGAUGUUUUUAGAUACAAGCAAAACUGGCAGGUCGGUUCAGCCUGCCAGUUUAGCACCCACUCCUUAGACUCUGCUAUGAAGCCAAUCUGAUUUAAUCUGAAAGAUCUUCCUUAAAAAGAAAAUGAAUUUCCUGAAUGGCAGCACGUGUUUCUCCAAAACCUGUGUAAAUUUUUCAGCUUCAAUUGUGCAGAGUUUCACAUGCAUAAGCUACCCACUACCCUAAGAACAAUUGAAUGCAUCAAACUUUCUGAAAAGAGUCAUUUCCAUAGCUUCCCCUGACCCAUAAUUUUUGACAUUUCUGUGCAUGUGGAUACUAACUUCAGUCCCUUCUACUUGUAGGUUUGACAGACAGCGCAGAGAUGUGCCUCCUGUCUCCGUUUUUACCCCAGAAUGAAGCUGACCUCUCUUUGCCUCUGCUCAUGUCGUCCUCCCCUGGGCCCAACAAGAGCUGCUGCUUCCAGAGAGAGCCUCCAGAAGGCUGCGAAAAAGUCAGAGUCUGGGAGGAGACCAGGUCAGUUUGUUUGAUUGGAUUAGUUUUUUGGUUAUGGGCUGUUAAAUCAAGUCAGUAACUUGCAAUGUAUCAGCACCUUUAGUUACACAAAACCAUUUCACUCUCACUUUUCCUGACCAGUAAAGGUUUUUUUAAUGAGAAUACUUUCUCACAUCCCUGCCUCUCUCAUCUUGCAGCACUCCACAUCAAUUUAAGCCGGCCCUCGUUUCCUCCUGCCCGGAUCCCAAUAAAGUGAACUUCACCUCCCAUGGUGGCUCUGCCUUCUGCCCUGUCAGCCUCCUGAAGCCCCUGUUCCCCUCCAUGGACCUGCUGUUCCGCAGCCUCGCUGUCUCUCCAGCAGGUAGCUGCUCGAGCCAGGGAACCAUCCCCAGCAACCUGGCCACACCUCCUGAUCCAGCCUCCAACACUACUGCUGCUGCUCCUGUUGUGGUGGGAGAAAGCUCAGAGGAGGGUCUGGCAUUCUGAUCUGUCUCUGUGGAAAUUUAAAAAAGGCAUAAUGCAAAUAUUUCAGUGGUUGGUAACGAGUUUGUUGAUAAUGCUUUAUCAUAAGGAAUAACCAUUCCUUUUCUAAGUUGAAAAACAAAAUAGUGAAAGUAUCUUUGUGUGCUUCAUGAGCUACUUGUUAUGGAUUGCUGGGCAUAGUAACAUGAAAAUAAGUCCUUUUCGGAUUCCCCUUUUUCGUAAUCCAAAGAUGUGCUUAAGGGCCAACACCAGAGGAAGACUUAUCAUGCCUUUCUCUUAACUCUUUUGAUCACUGCACAUUUCCCCAAAGAAGCCAUGAUAAACACAUAUUUCUCAAUGCAGCUUUUUUUAAAAACUACCCAGAGGCCAGUGAAAACAAAAAAGUGUGCAACCAAAAUGUACUAGCAUUUGCCCUCUUUUACCUAACCUACAAAGCAUGACAAAUCAGUUGGGUACCAGAUUAGAGAAAAAGACACCCUGAAUUAGCUAACUGUAGACUGAAGGGGAUUUUGUAGACUAUGAACUAGAGUGGUAUGAAUCCCUGAAAGCUUCCGCUCAUGUAUUCCUGCUUUAAAUAGUUGUACAGCUGUUAUAAUUUUGUUGCCAUCUUGUUUACUUGUUAAAAAAGAAGUAAUUUUUUUGCAUGUUAUUUGAUACAAACCUGUUCUGCCGUGAUGUGCGCUUGUACCGCUGUUUAUAGAUUUGAGGUUCACAGCCUAGUCGACUACCUAACCAAUUUUAGUGGUGUAGAUUUUUUCCUUGAAGAUGAUCUUUUUCUUCUGCCAAGCUGACAAGUUUUGACGUUCAGAUAGUUUUAUUUCUGGUAGAUGUUUGCACAAAUUGAACUGCUACUUUUGAGUCGCAAUUCCUAUUUUUAUAUUAUCUUUUUGUACUUUAUGUGUAUUUUCUACAUCUUUUUCAAUUACCUGCAACAUAAGCUAAAAAAAAGGAACCUGUUACAUUUAGUUUUUUUUUCUGUCAGUGUAAUCAAAGCAGGUGUUACAUGAAAUACUGUAUCAGUGGAUUUUUAUGCACUUCCAGGAGAGGGUUUCUUCAAUACGAUAGUCCUGGCUGACAGUUUUGUUUGUUUGUAUGUGUUUGUGUGGGUGCACAUGGAUGGAAAGUUACAUAGUCUGGUUUAUGACUUAUUUCUCCUAGUUUUAGUAUCCUGGUAAAAAUGCUGAAGAAUUUAAACAUUGUCUUUCAAAAUAAGCCUCAUUUCAGUGUUUUUUGAUUCAGUGUGGAUACUUGGGAUGUGCUGGUUCUCUCAGGUUCUUUGUUCUGUCCUCAUAAAUAUAUGACUGAUAAAA